ACACGACUCCUUUUCUUAACGGGUCGGACCUUCUCCUCACAGUAGAAAUACCCAUCAGAGCUUCUCCUCACAGUAGAAAUACCCAUCCGAGCCCAUUGUCAUCCCUGCUUUCCCUUUCCUAGCCCUUGAUCCGCUCGCCUUUCGAGCUUCAAACCCUAGGUCCCAUCGAUCCAGAGAUCCCCCCGAUCGGUCUCCAUGGCAACCGGCGACAACAACUCCUCGUCCUCCGGCGAGACUCCAGAUCCAAACCCUAACUCCAACUCAGCUCUCAUAUCCGAUCCCGACGACUCCUCCGCCUCCAUCGAAGCCCUAGCUCGCAGGGUCCAGGAAACCCUAACCCUAGGCGUCAACAAGCAGCACAAGUUCUGGGAGACUCAGCCAGUUGGCCAAUUCAAAGAUCUCGACAAUCCCAAUCUCCCCGAGGGCCCGAUCGAGCCCCCGACGCCGCUCUCCGAAGUCAAGGCCGAACCCUACAAUCUCCCUGCGCCCUAUGAAUGGGUCACCUGCGACAUGGAUCUCGAUUCGACCUGCACCGAGGUUUACAAUCUCCUCACGAACAACUACGUCGAAGAUGACGAGAACAUGUUUCGAUUCAAUUACUCGAAGGAGUUCCUUCAGUGGGCUCUUCGUCCUCCUGGUUAUUACAAAGCCUGGCAUAUCGGAGUUCGUGUCAAGUCGACGAAGAAAUUGGUUGCUUUUAUCACUGGAGUGCCGGCGAGGUUGCGGGUCAGGGAUCAGGUCGUCAAGAUGGCUGAAAUCAAUUUCCUUUGCGUGCAUAAGAAGCUCAGAUCGAAGCGAUUGGCGCCUGUGAUGAUCAAAGAAGUUACGAGGAGAGUUCAUCUGGAGAAUAUUUGGCAGGCUGCUUAUACUGCCGGAGUUGUGCUGCCGACUCCCAUUACUACUUGUAGGUAUUGGCAUAGAUCUCUGAACCCUAAGAAGCUCAUUGAUGUUGGGUUCUCGAGGCUCGGAGCGAGGAUGACGAUGAGCAGGACGAUUCGGCUUUAUAAGCUUCCCGAGACUACAGUGACUCCUGGGUUUCGAAAGAUGGAGCUUAGGGAUGUGCCAGCGGUGACUAGGCUUUUGAGGGGGUAUUUGGGUCAGUUUGCAGUGGCACCGGAUUUUGAUGAGGAUGAUGUCGAGCAUUGGCUGCUCCCUAUUGAGAAUGUGGUUGAUAGCUACUUGGUUGAGAGUCCUGAGACUCAUGAGGUCACUGAUUUCUGUAGUUUUUAUACACUGCCCUCUUCAAUUUUGAAUAAUCAGAAUUACUCAAUGUUGAAGGCGGCUUAUUCAUAUUAUAAUGUGACUACGAAGACCCCAUUGCUGCAGCUGAUGAAUGAUGCUUUGAUUGUGGCGAAGCAGACAGAUUAUGAUGUGUUUAAUGCGCUUGAUGUGAUGCAGAAUGAGGAGUUCUUGAAGGAGCUGAAGUUUGGGCCGGGUGAUGGGCAGCUGCAUUAUUAUCUAUAUAAUUAUCGGAUUCGGAAUGCCCUAAAUCCUUCGGAGCUGGGGCUGGUGCUUCUUUGAAUUUGUUGUCUCGCUUGGAUCUGUUGCAGAAAAUGUGGUAACAUUUUCAUUUGCCAUCGUUUUGUUCGUUUCCCUCUUUUGGUUUAGGAUUUUGAUGUCUUGUUAUAAUUUGGAGUGCCAUGAUCUUGUCAUGAAAGUAAAGAAAUUGAACUUGUGGGAUGUCUGAUCCUUGAAAUUUCAUGAUUGGAAAUUGAAGUAAUUUUGGUUGCUUUGAAUCUAAGUUACCUUGAUAUCUUCUGUUCCUUAUGGAGACUCUUAUGUAAUAUUUGUUGCUUAGAGUAUGCUUCUUUCCCGAGCUCGUUAAUUUCAGUGUACGAUCUUUUAGCU